CAGUAAAAUGGUCAGCUGUCUGAGAGGCUCCCCACUUCUCUAAAUUUUCCUUUAGGUUUGGCCAAAUCUUGGGGGUAUACAACUGACACUAAUUUUAUUUUGUCUGAUAUUUCUUAUCGGUAUCAUCCAAGAUCGUAAUCGGUCUUAUUAGCCAAGAAAAUCUGAGGUACCCUUUUUAAGUUACCAGAGUGGCUAGGCUACUGUACAGUUUAUUAACGAAGAUGUCCAGUACAAUAGGACAUCUCAAUGUUCAAGACAGAAUGAUGAUCAAAAAAAGUUCAUUACAAGAUAAGAAGGGAGGAAACACUUCAGACACAGAUGGAAGUGAUAGUAACAGCCUGUCACAAGAAUCUUUAGCAGAUAAGCCUAGUGCAUCUUCUAGCAAGCAUUUGCCUAGGAGGACUUCGGAGUGGGAAAUUCUUGAAGGCCUUAAGGAUGGUCAGCGAUAUGAGAAGAAGCCAGAACCUUUCAAAGGAUAUCUCCAGAAAAAGAGAAAAUGGCCACUAAAGGGUUGGCACAAGAGGUUCUUCAUUUUGGAAACUGGAAUAUUAAAAUAUGGAAAAAGUCCUCAAGAUCUAUCCAAGGGUAAAAUUCAUGGCCAGGUGGAUAUUGGGCUGUCCGUUAUUUCGACGAAGUCUAAGAGGAAAAGAAUUGAUAUAGAUACAGAAGAGUUUAUAUACCAUUUGAAGGCAAAACAGUAUGAAGUCUUUGAGGAAUGGAUGGAACAGCUCAAAAACCAUCGUCUUUACAGGCAGCAUUUGUUGACUUUUGGUUCACGUAUUACAUCCACUGAUGAUGAUGAAAUUCCAUUAAAACAGCCCUUAACUAGGAAAUUGGCUAAUGAAGGCUCUCCUGCUCAAAGGCUACAAUGGGUUCUUGAUGGACCAUUACAGGUUGCAAUGACUGAGCUGAACCAUACUCAACAAGCACUGAACCAACUGUCAAAGAUUCUGGACAAUAUGGAGCAUGGAAACCCUGAUUCAGAGAGCAUAAUUGAGGGGUUUUCUCCCAAUGUCAAGAAAGAUAGGAAACGAUUUGGAUUAAGGAAGAAGAAAAGUAACAAAGGAAGCUCAGUUGACCUAACUUCUUUCAAUAGAGAUGAGCACAAUCCUCAGACACUUAGUCCUGGAGGUUCAAUCUCUAACAGACCUUUAUCAGGUGAGCAGAACCCAGGUGCUGCUUUACCUAUUGUGGAUUUAUCCAGUGCUUCUGAUUUCUACAUAUUGGCCAAAGAUAUAUGUACAUCCCUUAAAUCAGUGAUCUAUACUCUCCAGACUGAGAAAGAGAAAUUAAAAGGUUCAUCUGAUGAGAAACUAAGAAACUUGCUGUCCACUAUGGUCCAACAAAAUACAGAACUUAGGACAAGGCUGAGUCAAGUUCAUAAGCAAUCAGACACAUCUGACAUCCCUGACGGAAUUCAAACCAGGUCAUUGAAGUCCUCCCUUAGCUAUAGUUCUUGUGCUUCAGAAUACCUUGAUGCAAAAGAAUCCCUUGAACAAAGUGAAACAUCUUCUCCAGCGGUCUCGUCAGAGGAUCUAUCUGAUUCAUCAGCUAUAUCUGACUUAGCUGACUCAGAAUACAAUGCAACUAUUGAUUUUCCUUCAACAGUAAAUGAAACAGCUAACCUAACUGGAAGAAGGUCAACUCUUCCAGUCCCUAGGCCAAGUACUGAGGGGCUAUCAUUAUGGAAUCUUCUUUCCAGAAACAUAGGCAAGGACCUGUCCCAGGUCUCCAUGCCUGUUGCUCUCAAUGAGCCUUUAUCCAUGUUACAGGUUGCAAUGACUGAGCUGAACCAUACUCAACAAGCACUGAACCAACUGUCAAAGAUUCUGGACAAUAUGGAGCAUGGAAACCCUGAUUCAGAGACACUUAGUCCUGGAGGUUCAAUCUCUAACAGACCUUUAUCAGGUGAGCAGAACCCAGGUGCUGCUUUACCUAUUGUGGAUUUAUCCAGUGCUUCUGAUUUCUACAUAUUGGCCAAAGAUAUAUGUACAUCCCUUAAAUCAGUGAUCUAUACUCUCCAGACUGAGAAAGAGAAAUUAAAAGGUUCAUCUGAUGAGAAACUAAGAAACUUGCUGUCCACUAUGGUCCAACAAAAUACAGAACUUAGGACAAGGCUGAGUCAAGUUCAUAAGCAAUCAGACACAUCUGACAUCCCUGACGGAAUUCAAACCAGGUCAUUGAAGUCCUCCCUUAGCUAUAGUUCUUGUGCUUCAGAAUACCUUGAUGCAAAAGAAUCCCUUGAACAAAGUGAAACAUCUUCUCCAGCGGUCUCGUCAGAGGAUCUAUCUGAUUCAUCAGCUAUAUCUGACUUAGCUGACUCAGAAUACAAUGCAACUAUUGAUUUUCCUUCAACAGUAAAUGAAACAGCUAACCUAACUGGAAGAAGGUCAACUCUUCCAGUCCCUAGGCCAAGUACUGAGGGGCUAUCAUUAUGGAAUCUUCUUUCCAGAAACAUAGGCAAGGACCUGUCCCAGGUCUCCAUGCCUGUUGCUCUCAAUGAGCCUUUAUCCAUGUUACAGAGGAUGUGUGAAGAACUAGAAUAUUCUGAGCUAUUAGACAAAGCUUCUGAGUUAUCUGACCCCUUUGAGAGGAUGGUUUAUGUAGCAGCUUUUGCUGUGUCUGCAUAUGGUUCCUCUUAUUUUCGUGCUGGUUCAAAACCGUUUAACCCUCUUUUGGGGGAAACUUAUGAGUGUAUCAGGGAAGACAAAGGCUUUAGAUUCAUUGCAGAACAAGUAAUUUCAAAGAUUUUUUGCUCUAUUUAA